UUAUCCCAUUGUUACAAACACUAUCAUUGGUUUUUUCCAAUUCGGUUUUCGGUGAAGCCGAACCCGCAGAAAGCGUUGCGCACUUGCGCGCUAUAUAGCUGGGUAGUGGGCACUGUCACUUAUUGACUAUUGUCAUUCGUCAGUCUUUGCGGCAGAUUCCAGAGUAUAUAAUAUUUAAAAUAAUACCUAGUUAUUACUUAUUACAAUUACUUAAGUUAUCAUAACCCAUGUGACUAUUUCACUUACUAUUUUCGAAAUUGUUCAUAUUUUGUUGGUUUUCUCUCAUAUUUAUUCACGUUAUUUAAUAUUUUCGUUACUUACUAAAGACAAGCUCUACGGAAAGAAAUGGAUUAUCAAAGUAGUGGAUUCUCGACUCCUGCAGCUGUAAGACAGAAACUUAUCAAAAAACGUUGGGUGAUUGCUACAUUUCCGGACUCUAAUGAUUAUAGUGUCAUACCAACAAACUGGAUUUUAAAAACUGUCGAUAAUGAUGGCAAUAGAAUAGAAAAAUGUGUAUGGCCUCCUAGGACAUUUCAUGUUACUAGUGAUUACUUAAAAGAGGCUGUGGAACCAUCAGAUGAUUGGAAUACGUACAGAGUAAAACUUUAUGAAAAUGGCAAAGAGUAUAGUGAUUUUAGUAAAGCAUGGUAUAGACAUGUUGAAUUGUCUGAAGAAUCAGCAUCUGAAGUGGAACAGCAACUUUUAAGUAUGAAAAAUAAAAACAAAAGAUUAUAUGUCCAGUCAUCAAUGAUACAUGAAGAUUCUGACACUUCAACUGAUGAAGGUAUCAAUAUUUUUAAACAGAAAAAGAUUAUUAAAGGUGCAAUAACUGCUAUGGCAGAACAAACUACUGAAGAUACCAUUUCUGAGCAUCAGUAUACUGAAUUAAGUAACGUACAUUUAAUUCCGUCCACAAGUUCAGAAAAUGUACCGUUGAAUACUACAAAAUCUCGUGGUUUUAACAUACCUCAGAUAGAAGUCAUUCCGAUAGAUAAACAGAAUACAAUUGUAGAAUUAUUAAAUUCUAUUUAUAUGGAACAAAUCCAAAGUAGGAUUAAGUAUGAUCAUUUAUUAUCAAAACUUGAUCAUAUAGAAAAAGCGGUAAACAAACUAGGAGUAAUCAACAAUAUUUCAUCUCCAUUACUUAAUUUUGAUAGUAAUUUUAUGUCGAAUUGGCCCAUGACUAACGAGCAAAUGUUUCAAAAUAUUUCAAAUUGUUUAUUGGAUGAUUCAUUUGUUUCAUUAGUGGAGCAGUUUUUUAUAUCUAUUGGUGGAAAUGCUGUAAAAGACAUUAUAAAGAGAGUUCUUGCAAAGACUUUUAGUAAUGAGUUUGCCAAACGUUGUUCGUGGACUGGCAGAGGAAAAGAUAUUUCUACAAAAUUAUGUGACUCUAAAAUUGUGGUUGUAUUAAAAAAGUGUAUAAAGAAUAGUCAAAAGGAUUACAGUGAUGCUCUAUUCGAAACUAUUUUAGCUGAUUGGUUUCGUUAUGCCACAACAAGACAUAAAAGAUCAUUAGAAUAA